AUGGGUUCAAGAAUAAAAAAAAGGAAAAAUGCUAUAAAUAAUUCGUCUAGCACUAUUGAAAAUAACAUUCCAUCAAAACAAAACGACAACUUUGAUCGUGCUAAUUUUUUUAAUGGUCUAGUUUAUAAAGAUAUUAUGGCAGUUGAAAAUAAAGAGUUAAACGUUUAUAAAAAAUCUGAAGUUCCUGUUACCAAAAAUAAUAUUAUUGCUAAAAAUACAUUAUUAUCUGAUAAGUCACCGACAUUAUGUCCGUCAGAGUGUACUAGAGAUACAACAGAUUGGUUACCACCAGGUAUGGUGUUGAAUAAAAACACUUCAUUUACUGUUUCUGAUGUUAGUGAUGUUAUUAUAACUUGUCAAAAACCUAGUUGUUCACGAGAACUUUUCAAAAUUCCAUCUAUAGAAUCCGAUAAUAAAACUUCAAGUAGUGAUUUAGAAUGCAAUGAUGUUGUUAUUGUUGAUGAACUAACACAGAUAGGAAAAAGUGGUUUGAAAAAGCCAAAAAUUAUUAAUAAAAAAAUGAAGGAAAAACAUAAUCGUGUCCAUGGUAAUGGUAAGAAAGUUCAAAAUAACCCUUGCGCUUAUUCAAAAUGUCCUAACAAGUGUACGAAUAAAAUCACCGAAGAAGAGAGACAAAUUAUUUUUUCUAAUUUUUGGGGAUUAGGUAGUUAUGAAAGACAACGGGACUAUUUAUUAAAAUCUACCAAAGAAAUUGCUAUUAAAAGGAAAAGAGUUGAAGGUACUAGUCGCCGUAAUGUAACUAGAGAAUAUUAUUUAUCGUGCAAUAGUGAACCAAAGCGGGUAUGUCAACAGUUUUUGUUAAAAACUUUGGAUAUGACACAAAACUGUUUAAAUUAUACACUUUUAAAGCGAUCCCCUUCAGGAACUUCGAAAAAAGAUGGACGUGGUUCAAGACGUCCAAAAAAUAAAACGUCUGAUGAUGUUAUGGCAAAUUUUGAUAAAUUUAUACAGCAGCUCCCAGCGGUACCAUCACACUAUUGCCGAGCCUCAACGACUAAAAAAUAUUUACCGUCAGAGUUAGGAAAUUGCUCUAGAUUAUAUAAGCUUUACAUUGAUUUUUGUAAACAAAGUAACGGCACUAUUAUAAAAAAAACACUUUUCAAUCAGCUGUUUAAAGAAAAAUAUAAUAUCGGUUUUCAUGUCCCUAAAAAGGAUAAAUGUACUUGGUGUUGUAAAAUUGAAAAUAUUAUUAUGAGCCGACAACUAAAUGAAUCCGAAGAUACAAAAAAUCAACUUCAUUUGUACGAAAAAGAAGAAUGUAAGUCUAUGUUUUUGUUUGAUCAACAGAUUUCAAAGUGUAAAGGGAAUUUUUUGUGCUCGAGUUUUGAUUUACAGAAAGUAUUGAGUAGCCCAUCAGGUCAAAAUAUGAAUUUGUAUUAUAGUAGGAAAUUUAGUUCUUAUAACUGCACCAUUUACGAGUCGGGAACGCAAAAUGCUUAUGCUUAUUUAUGGGGAGAAAUAAACGGAAAAAGAGGAUGUAAUGAAAUUGUGACAUGUAUACACAACUAUUUAACCGAUAUAGAUAUCAAAAAAAUAUAUGAAUACGUAGCUUUAUAUUGUGACUCGUGCACCGGCCAAAACAAAAAUCGUGCUAUGUUAACUAUGAUUUCAAAAUCACUCAAAAGUCAAUUCACGUACAUUAAAGAGAUAAAAAUCGUUUUUCUUUUGCCAGGCCAUACUUACAUGCCGGUAGAUUCAGUGCAUGCAUCAAUCGAACGUUUUGUUAGGGACAAAACUGUUUGGGCAUCAAGUGAAUGGGCUACACUUAUUAGAAACGCACGUAUAAAUCCUAAGCCUAUAGAGGUAAAACAACUUGCUUAUUCAGAUUUUUAUAAUUGGAAAUAUGAAGCUGAUAAUAGUGAUAUACUCCCAAAAGUUUUAAAAGAUAUCGAUGGUAAUAUCAUUCAAAUUUCAGAAGUUCGUUACUUUGUUUUUUCACGUUUGAAUUUGGAUAAUGAAGAUGAUAAUUUGCAUUCCAUAAAUAUCUAUGCAUAUUUUUCAUAUAAUCCUGAUUGUGAACCAAAAACAUUAAAACUUAAAGGUGGUCAGAACAAGAAAGAAUCUCGGUCCACUACAGAAGUCAUUGCAAAAAAGUUGUAUAAAAAAACCAUUGCAAUCUCGAAAGAAAAAUAUAAUGAUCUUAUUAAAUUGUGUACAUCUGGAAUUAUUCCAAAUGAGUUUCACGAGGAGUAUCUGCAAAUGAGAAAUAGUACAAAAAUCCAAGACUGUUUACAAGAAACUGACGAGGAAGAUGAAACCGUCAGUUUAAAAUAA